CUAUGAGACUUAUUGGUUUGAUUUAACUGAUAAAAGUUUGAAUUGGUGCUUUUUGAUACUUAAGCAGCGGACUUCUACCCGAGGGAAAAACCUCAAAAAAGACGAUUAAACAAAGAGAAUGGGAAAAAACUGUAAGCCUACAUAGCUAUAACAAAAAGCAAUUGAAUGAGAGGACCAACGAUGGAUUACUCAUUGUUCGGAUGGUUUCUUUAUUAGAAGAUAUAAAAAACAGGAGACAGACACACACACAAAAAAAAAACACCUCAUUCCUCAAUAAGGUCACUUCCUCUGUUUGAAUGAGGCGCUUAUCACGAUCUUUUGGAAUUCAGGAUGAUGGAGGAGCACGUCCAAAAGUUAAGACUAGUGAAGCGAAUGAAUUCUUGGCAGUUUCGGGACAACCAUUGCUUACCGCAUUAGACGAGGAAUUAACGGAAGAUCAGUUAACACAGCUUUACAUACAGUCGUGUUUUGCAGCACAAAAUUACCUGGGGACCUCAAGCAAGGUUUACAGCUCCACGACACAAGAAAUUAUAAGUUUCAUGCAGGAUCUGUUUUGGAAGUUACCCCCCGAGAAACAACAAGAGCUACAAAGUCAGGCAACUCGAAUGAAGGAAAAUCCUAUUCAACUAAUAGUUAAAGUUCUGGAAGCUAAAGAAUUACCGUCAAAUGAUGCAAGUGGUUUAUGUGAUCCCUACUGCAGACUGUGGAUUAACAAAAAACAGAGCAGAACAACAGAAGUGAAAGAACAGAAUCGAAAUCCUGUCUGGAGAGAAACAUUUACAUUAGACAUCAGCAACGCACAGAAAGAUGUGUUACAUGUAGAUAUUUGGGAUAGAGACCCGCGUAGUAUCAAGGGAGCUUUGGCUGAAUGGAAGUAUGUUAAAGGUGUUCGAAGCUGUUUAAGGUUUUUCAAGGACUUAGCAGAGAACGUUUUAUUACGAAAAGCAAAAUAUAUAGAUGAUUACAUGGGAGGUUUUCGGAAACCAAUUCAGAUCAUACCAUCUGUCGGCCUUGAUGUGCACUUUGACCUACGCAGCAAAACUGAGAAGGAGCCCGGACUCCCCAGUUCACAUGGGACAAUGCACGUGCAGCUCCAUUUCAAAGUGAAGCUUCCGGAACAUACAGAUCACGUUGUGGCACUGCAAAAUCACCUUAGACUUGUCAAGCUCUGUUUCGAGAAUAGUUUUCUACGGAAAAAGACAGAAAAUGUUUCAUUGUGGUUUGAAUGGACUCAAGUUCUUCCUCCCCCAUCAAGAACGUUGUUACUACAACAUAAGUUACAACAAGGUCUUACAGCAGAAGAGAUGAUUAUUUGUCGCUGGAUGGCGCUGUCUAAACUGAUCUUGAAGAGGAGAAUCACCGUUAGUUGUGCCUUGUUGUUUACCAUGCUGGAAGAAAUAAAACAGAUUCGAACAAGGGACGAUGACUGGCAAAUCUCUGAAGAGUUAUCUCAAGCCUACACUUCCAUGAUGGCUUCCUUCACGAAUUACCUGUGUUCUCAGCUCAGACAUUUUCACGGUUUAUUUGAUCUGUCAGAUCAGACGUCAACUUUCGAGCUCAUUAGUCUCCUUCAUUGCCUCAUUACAUUAGAGCAAAUCGUAGACAUUAGUGUUAUAGAUCAAGCAGAAGAAGCACUUCAGGCUGAAGCGUCAGACUGGCAUAUGGCUGUGGUUCAUUCUCAACUUCUUACAAGUCAGUCAAUUACAGCCGAACGUUUGAAGGAGAUCGUCGCCACCUACAGAGAGAAUCAUCAACGUGCGAACACCAUAUUCUCCAAUGACAGAGAAUCCCUAGAAUUAGAUAAUGUUCCUAACUGGUUUGGACACGAAGCAAUCGAGAAAUGGUUUAUCUGGGCAGAAGAAAAUGCUCUGGUCUGGAUAUCUGGGUUAAUUGAACUGGAUGAGAUGGAGCCAGUUAAUGACGAACUGAAAUUUGGGCGGUCAGCACGAGACACGAUGGACAUUGUUCACCAUAAACUGGUAGAUUUGUGGCAAAGUCUGGAGUGGCCGAAUAUCGACUGCACAGUGUCUUUAGUCAAGGUCUUACAUAAUUGUUUCAUUCAUUUUGCUCGUGAGAUGGAGAAGAAGAUAGCAGCCCACGGCUACUUCGACACAGAAGGUGUGUUCGAGAUUCAGAUAAAGUUUUGCGUUUCCGUCACCAGUAUGACGUCGGUUGUGACGUAUAUAGAAGGAGUGAAAAGUAAUAUAGUAUUGAAUCUAGAACAGGCUGGACAGACUAGUGUUCAGAUCGCCGAAAUCUGCCAACCAUUGGACUCUGCUUCAGACUUCAUCCUUAAUGUUGUUCGAUCUGUAUUUGCUGGGGUUGUUCUUAAGAUGAGACCCGAACUGCAGCGACUGUUAGGACAGAUCGGAAAAGCUACCAACGAAGCACAACAACACCGGGCCGUUUUCGAACUAUCAGAUUAUAUAGACGAAACCUUGCACAGCAUGAACCUAUUUCUCGACACUGUGGCCUUCCAUAAUCUCGCUCGACAAAUCUGGGGAGCAGUCAUCAUCACGAUGAAGGAUGAAACUGAAGAUAUUCUUCAAGAACAGAUUUGCUGUCGACGAAAACGACCACUUAAAAUCAAAGGUUUCAUCACUGCCUUGAAACAGAUGGAGCAGAUAUUUCACGGGGACGGUAAAGGUCUUUCUGUGAACGAGAUUACGAACACUCGGCACUAUAAAGAUCUGAGUGAAGAUCUAACGAACUUCUUGCUAUUGAGUGGUGAGACCGGAGAUUCGUGACAGAUACGAAAAUCCUGUUUGUUUUCACGCUUUUCACCAAUCAGAAAAAAAAACGCAAAUAUAUAUAUAUAUACAUAUGUCUCAUCUUUCUACAUCAGUACCAAAUCUGAAAUAAAGGUGUCUCCGAGGCGUAAAGAAAAUCAGAAAAUAUUUGGGUAACAAUAUUUUGUAAAAUUUAUAAGAUUAGAUGCAAU